CGUCUCUCAUCGUGUCCAGUUAGCUCACCAACAAAUCCGCUCUUUUCAGUCUUCGUUCCCAAUCUACUUCUUUUUUCCAAAUGAAAUUGUAUAGUCUCCCGCUGCUUGUGGCAGGCGCUAGUUUCGCCAGUGCCGCACCCAUCACUAUCUUGAUCUCGACCACCGAAGUGUCCUCCUUCCGUCUCGGACAUGCAGCCACUCACGCCCGCCCAUCUGAGAUGAGGACUGCUCAAUCUGAGGCCGGCCUCAGACCCCCCACUCGCAUUCGCCACCUCUGCUCCGGCAUGAAGGACGGCGUCUCUCGCAUGCUUGGUGCUAUGGGUCUCGCGGGCCACUUCAAUCCGCCCCCCAUCACCUCUCCCGUUCCGCAUCAUUCUGGCUCUCCUCUCCACUCCCCUGUGCGCUUUGACCAAGAUAAGGCGCAUGAACAUCACCAUUCCGAUGAGCAGGAUAAGGAGGACGGACAUGCUCAUGGCGUCAUGGUGAAGUUCAGACCUGGGCCACCGAUGAGACCUGCCGAAGAGGGAGAAAUGGAGGAGCACCACGGACAUCGGAUCCACCAUCAUCAUCAUGCCGGAGCCAUGCACCACUGGAAACACCACAAGGGUGCGUUCUUGCAGCGUAUCCACCGCGCGUUGAUGUCUUUGGGCCCUUGGGAGGGUCGCGCCAUGGCCUUCGUUCUUGGCUGCGGUAUUGGUGUCCUCCUUCGUAUGUUCUGGGUCCUUGCCGUCCUCAUCGUUCGCACCGUCCGUGGCACCAAUGACGCCGCCUCUACCGACAACCUCGUCUUCCACGAAGUCAUCUUCACCGACGCCGAAGACAUCGUCGUACCUCCUCCCAACUACACCCUCGACGAGAAGACUCCUCUGUACCCCAUCGAGGAAAAGCCCCAAGUCGAGGAGGAGAACGUUGAGAAGAGCACGUAGGCUGUUGUUCAUUGUAUCGGUGUGUAUAUAAUGGCGCAUUUCGGACUUCGGUAUCCAUACUGGGUCAUCUGGUACAUACUCGGUUAUCUCUGGUAUGGUAUCUGGCAUAGGUUGUAGAUGUGAUUGUUCCAUCGAUGGUAGCUGCGGUGCUUGAGGCGCUGCGUCGUUAUUUUACCCACAUUCUCUGUCGUCCCGUCUAUAUUUCUGAGUUUCUCAUAUAUAUCGUCUUAUUCCUGUACCCAUAGUAGUAGCAUUUCGCGUCCACUCACCGCAGUUAGUCUACCCCCCACGGACUCUUACUGCCCAGCAUUGUCAUCGAUCUACUUCGUCUUCUCCGUACUUAGCAGCAAUCUGAGGCUUGUCACCCCUCCAGUUUCGGUUGCCCUUCAUCACUUGCAUCAUUAUACGUAGCCCCAAUGUCAUUUAUUGAUGUUGUUC